GUGGGAAAGUCGCUGGCGGCGUGCGUGCUCUUCCACAGAUUCGUUUGGCAGGGUCAGCUCCUCCACCGUUCCAUUGGGCGUGCGGCAGCGAUGGGCACGGCAUCAUUGGAGGAUCAGUACACGCUACAUCUUACGGCCAGAACCUUUUUGGCGCCACGUCUGCUCCCAGGAGGAUGUCGGCGAGGAUCGCUUUCUUCAUGUUGGUGGCGAGCUCAUGGAUUGCAUCGAUCGGGCCUACGGCCGAUUUGCCAACGGUGUCCCUGCUGCGUGA